AAAUUAGCAAUGAACAAAAACUUUAGGCUCUCGUAAAUUUUAGGUGAGUUUGGUUUCAUGCCCGAUAUGACAUCCAAAAAUUGAGUGACAUUCGAAGAAGACACAAGAAAUAAUGGCGUGUUUAGGUGGAGAAAUAGAGAAAGGGAGGACGGAGUUAACGAAGGAGGCCGCGAGUGUUAUAAAGUCUUACAUGUAGCUAUAACAUUAUCUAACCACUACAUUAAUUUCUCACCAUCCUUAUUUGUGGGAAGCAGACCAAAAAGCAUUGAAUUGGAACUGAAGAAGGCCAGGAGAAGAAGACAAUGGCAGCUUCAUGUGCUUCCACCUUCCUUCAAACUUCUCUUGGAACCCGCAUACAUGUUCAGGCUUUGUGUGACAAAGGUGAUGCAAGACAGAUGCACUACGGAUUCUCACACAGAUCCUUGCCAAGGCUGGACAGUGGGAAGUACUCUAGAAAUAACUGUGGAACACUUUCCACCAGUGGCAGAAUGAAAUUCAGCUCUCCAUCCGAUGUCAAAAGUUCACAUGCAACAUUAGCCAUUGCUUCUGACAAGGUCACAUCAGAGAGUGAUUCCCAGGGAGAAGUAGAAAAUGGUUUUCACAACAAUGCUUUAUUUCCUGAUGGAUUUGAGUCUUUGAUUAUGGAGGUUUGUGAUGAGACAGAUGUUGCUGAGAUCAAGCUUAAGGCUGGAAACUUUGAAAUGCACAUGCGACGAAAUAUAGAGAAGAGGAAUGGGCCAUCUCCAUCGGUGGCGGCACCUAUCAUAAGCCAAGCGACAGUUGUUUCUGAUCCAAUAGUUAGCACUCCAGCACCUUCUCCAAAGCACCCUAAAUUACCUCUUUCCACUGGGUCUUCUAAUCCAUUUACCAACAAAUCUAGUGAGGUUACCAGUGAGGAGGGACUUUUUAUUGUAACCGCUCCAAAGGUUGGUAUCUUCAAAAAGAACCGAGUUGCAAAGGGGAAGGUUGGUCCUGUGAUGUGUAAAGAGGGAAAAUCUAUUAAGGAGGGGCAGGUGGUCUGUUAUUUGGAGCACCUUGGCUCCCAGCUACCUAUUAUGUCAAAAGUUGCAGGAGAAAUUGUCAAGGUCAUACCGGAUGAUGGAGUGCCUGUUGGUUUUAAUGAUCCGCUGGUUGCUAUUCUACCUUCAUUCCAUGGUAUUAAAUGACUACAGUGAAGCCUAUGAAGAAUAUUCCAAGCAAGAUUUUGUGGAUCUACUUCAUUUCCGUGAAAUCUAGUCUAGAGCAUACCUUUUAUCCAAGGUGGAAAAAACAAAAUAUACAUUUUAAUUAAUUGUGAUAUUUCCCCACGUGAGUUUUUUUGUUCUUCAUAUUCUUUAGUUGUUUGGGAACUAAUUUUAAUGCGUGUUAACCAAUUGAUUGAAUUAGUUCCUUCACAACAAGUAAAAAACUAAAGAAAUUCAUUAUGUUUUGAACUUAUAGUGAAGGUUUUAGAGAUGAAAUAUUAGGAAUUUUUGCCUCGUUCCUUACAAAUGAGGUACCGUAAUUUCAAGAUACCUUUCAGAAAUUAUUGGGCAAUAUCAUGAGUGUAAUUUUAUUAAGAGAAGUUACUCAAAUGUUAAUGAAUGUAGAAGACAUUCACAAUUUUAGUGUCUUGCAUGACUAGGCUUUUAUCAACUUAAAACGUUUUUUAACCUUAUAUAAAAAGAUGCCUUUUUUA